AAUCUGAGUACAGCCGUGUGGCACUUAUUCGAUGUUCUUAAACGUAUAUCUGAUGAUAACAGAAGACAGUUGCUUUUCAAUAUCGCAGAAAUGAUAAACCCUAAAGUGAGCUGCCGUAAAAAUGUCACAACAGCCGACGAUAUGCCAGAUGGAUUUUCUCCAACGGGAUCGGAGCCAAGUCAAAGUAUAGAAACGCAGUGUUCGCACAAUGGAAGACGUCCGCAGAAGGCAAGACGUGUCAUAAGUAAAACCGGCGAACGGAACAUUUGCUUUGCUAACUUGCCACAGCGAUCAAAGCGAUACAUUCAGGAUUUUUUUACAACAGUCAUUGAUACCCGUUGGCGAAACGUUAUGUCCGCAUAUUUGAUCACAACUUUUGGAUGUUGGACGGUGUUUGCUAUGAUGUGGUAUUUAAUUUCGUACGCUCACAAUGAUUUGACGUACAACAGGGAAAGUGGCAAAUCGUUGCAUGAAGGCGAGAUGACCUGUGUUGCUGGUGCAAGAAGUUUGGCGGAAUUUUUUCUACUUAGCUUUGAAAUACAGACAACAGUUGGAUUCGGCGAUCGAUACCCAAAUGAAGAAUGCCCAGAGGCAGUAUUUUUGUUUGUGUUUCAAAUUGUGGUUGGUAUAGCCAUUGAUGGAACAUUGAUUGGCAUUAUUUACGCUAAACUCACACGUCCACCGCGUAAACCAUAUGACCUUAAGUUUAGCCGCAAAGCAGUGAUCUGUCAGAGAGAUUCCAAACUUUGUCUAAUAUUCCGAAUCUGUGACCCGAAUGAAAUUCACAUCAUCGAUUCGAUGGUGCAGGCAUGUUUAUUUGGAGAAAUUUCAUCAGUCGAGGGUGAUAUACUGAAUCAAUUUCAACAUCCAAUAAAACUUCAGGAUAACGGUCGAAUUCAUAUCAUAUUCCCAGUUACUGUAUGCCAUAUGAUUGACAGCAAAAGUCCUCUGUAUACUCUCUCGGCUUCACAGUUUUUAGAAAAAAGAUUCGAAAUUAUUGUAACAUUCGCCGGCGCAUCGACUUCAACAGGCCAAACCACAGAGGAAAGAACAUCAUAUCUAUCGAGAGAAAUUGCAUGGGGUCAUCGUUUUGUGAAUAUGGUUACAUACGAUACAGAGAAUGGAGAAUAUUUUGUUGACUAUGACAAAUUCGAUAUGACUGAGGAGGUUGACACGCCUCUAUGCAGCGCUGAAAGAUUCGAUGAAAUUAGUAAAAAUGUGAAGAACCACUUUUCCCGAGAUGGAAAAAAGACCGACAAAGUUUAGACAUUGAAUGACCUGUUGUGACUAUGACUUUUUUCCCUUUUAAAUAUUUGUUGAAUCGAUAUAUUGUUGGCAAUUGAA